AUUCUUUAUGUGGUUUGCUGUUUGAAUGGGAAAGGCAGAGAAGAUCCAGGGAAGGUUGACACUUUGCAAAAAGACCGGACGCAAUCAAAAGGCAGACAGAGACAAGGGGACAGGCUGCUGAAAUAAGUGACCUCCUGAAUGCAGCAACUGUUUUCUGCACUGGAGAAAAGCCCAUGCUGGAUUCAGGGGAAAAGAAUGGAAAGCUAGGCUCCAAGUUUGCCGUAGCCCAGGUGUGUUGAUCUGUGAGUCCACACGCCAGGAUAUAUGUUGGAUGAGGGCUUGUGCUGCGGAACUUGGGCCAUGAAAGGUACUCUGCUGCUGGUCUCCAGUGUGGGUCUCCUGCUCCCAGCAGUGGGCAGCUGCCCCAUGAAAUGUGUGUGCCACCCAUCAUCAAACUCUGUGGACUGCAGUGGUCAGGAGCUGUCAAAGGUCCCCCCUGAUUUACCCCCAUGGACAGUAACGCUGCUCUUACAGGAUAACUGGAUCCACUGGCUUCCUGCUCUUGCAUUUCAGUCUGUACCACUGCUCACCACCUUAAAUUUAUCUAACAACUCUCUUUCAAAUCUGGCUGCAGAGGCUUUCUAUGGACUUCCCCACUUGCGGGUUUUAAAUGUAACCCAAAAUUCCCUGCUUUCCAUAGAAAGCAGCUUGGCCCAUGCCCUUCCUGGGCUCAGAGAGCUGGAUCUAUCAUCCAACAGCCUCAGCAUCCUCCCCACGUCUCUGGGCAAACCAUGGGAGAACCUGACCGUGUUUGCCGUGCAGCAGAACCAUCUUCUACAUCUAGAUCGUGAACUUCUAGAGGCCAUGCCCAAGGUGAGGCUGGUACUUCUUAAGGACAACCCUUGGAUUUGUGACUGCCACUUACUGGGUCUGAAACUCUGGCUGGAGAGAUUCACCUUUCAAGGGGGAGAAACAGACAGUGCCAUCUGCAGGCUGCCUGAACCCUGGAGGGGAAAGGCUCUCCUCUCCAUUCCUCACGAACUGUACCAUCCCUGUUCUCUACCUUCUCAGGAUUUGGCACCCUCACUAGUCCAGCAGCCUGGUUCUUCCCUGCAAGAUGCCCAGAAGUCUCCUGUGAAUAGCUCAGGGCAGCAAGAUCCCUUGGACUGUGAGGUCAAACCCAAAGCAAAGCCAACCAACCUGCGCCAUGCUGUGGCCACCGUGGUCAUCACUGGGGUGGUAUGCGGGAUCGUAUGCCUCAUGAUGCUGGCAGCUGCUAUCUACGGAUGUACCUAUGCAGCCAUCACAGCCCAGUACCAAGGGAGACCCUUGGCACCCGCCAGGAAGUCUGAGAAGAUGGGAAGUAAGGAACUUAUGGACAGUUCAUCAGCCUGAGAGCCUUCAUGUCCAAGGUCCUCUUGAUCACCGAGGGCCGGAAGAAAUGUCUGAGUGUGACUGAUGUGUUCGAUGCUCCUGUCCCAUGUUUUAUCUUCCAAAACAACCAAGGAAAAAAAAUGCAACCAAAAAAUAAAGUACUCAAUGGGAA